AUGGAAAGUGCCGAGAUCAGCAUACUCGCCGACAACAUCUCGCUGCAGGAUGCCAUCGGUCGAAUCGUGGAAGAAGGCCCCACCGAGGAACCGAUACACGUGCUAUACUUGGAUGAUGUCGUGGAAAAACACCGACACUGGAUGCAGCAGCUUCCUCAGGUGAAACCGUUCUACGCUAUCAAAAGUAACGAUAACCCGGCGCUUGUUCAAACACUGGCAACGCUUGGAACUGGCUUUGACUGCGCCAGUAAGGGAGAAAUCGAUAAGGUGCUCGCGGCUGGAGUCAGUCCAGAUAGGAUCAUCUUCGCGCAACCGGCGAAACCGAUUGCGGCGCUUCUACAUGCGAAAAAGCAUGGAAUCAAACUUAUGACGUUCGAUGGUAAGCAUGAGCUGGACAAAAUAAAAAGUCACUAUCCGGAGGCGCAUCUAGUAUUACGUUUCCGGUAUGAUUCUGAUCAAGUCUUCGCGCAGUUGGGAAAGAAAUUUGGUUGUGACCCUGGUUCGGAGGCGUUGGAUUUGUUAAGGUACGCAAAAGAGCUUGAAUUGAAUGUGAUAGGAUUAAGCUUUCAUAUCGGAUCCGGUACCAAGGACUAUUGCUGCUUUGAAGCAGCAAUAGAAGUUGCAAAGAAAAUAUUUGAUUCAGCCAAGUGUAUUGGGUAUGAUUUUACCUUGCUAGACAUUGGAGGAGGUUUCCCCGGAGCAAAGCAUUUGCCGAUCGAUCCGUACGCAGAACACAUCAAUCGAGCUAUCGACAAACAUUUCUCCCAAGACGAACAUGUGACGUUCAUCGCAGAACCUGGACGAUACUAUGCAGCUUCAGCCGUUACAAUCAUUACCCAUGUACUGGCAAAAAGAAUGUUGAGCGAUGAAGAAGGAAAAGAAUUGAUGUACUAUUAUAUUAAUGAUGGUAUUUUUGGUUCCUUUUACUCGGCUGGUCACGAAGCGCAACCGGUUUAUCCUGUUAUUUGGAAACCUAAUCCUAGCACUAAGCUCCAGUCCUGGAUAUGGGGCCCGUCGUGCGAUGGACUUGACGUGUUCUGCAAGGAUAUUCCACUGCCAGAGCUAGACAUCGGAGAUUUCAUCCUGUUUGAAAAUGCAGGUGCAUACUCAAUUGUUAUUGCUUCGCAGUUCAAUGGAUUUCCGCUGCCAAGAGUUGAAGUAUAUGUCAGUCAGAGUACAUGGAAAGCACUGAAAAAUGCACCCGAGACUGCAAGUCGAUGA